AUGUCCUCCCUCCGUGUUUCCACAGAUUGCCUGGGGACUCCCAUCGUCUACUCGCCGGUCAAAGCAGACCUGACUGGAAAUAUCAAGAAAAUCCGGGCGGUUUACGACUCCAACCCCGCCAAGUUCAAAACGCUGCAGAACAUCCUGGAGACGGAGAAGGAGAUGCACGGCUCGGCCUGGCCCAAGACAGGCGCAACGCUGGCGCUGAUGUGGUUGAAAAGGGGCCUGAAAUUCAUGCUGGUGUUGCUGCAGAGCAUCUCUGAUGGUGAGCGGGAUGAGGAGCAUCCGAACCUCAUCCGAGUGAACGCCAUGAAGGCUUACGAGAUCGCGCUGAAGAAAUACCAUGGCUGGAUGCUGCAGAAGCUCUUCAUGGGCUCGGUCUACGCUCUUCCAUACAAAUCGGAUUUGCUGAAAGCAUUAGAGAAGGGUAAAGAAGUCAAAGAGGAGGAAAGCAUAGAGAAGAUUCAUCAGUUUCUCUCGAGGGUCACCCCCAUCCUGGAUGCAAUUUAUGAGAUGUACACAAAGAUGAACGCUGAGCUGAGCUACAAAGUCUAA